AGUGUUAAAUUAUGUAAAAACUGUCGGUCUCCAUCUCUAAUACCUCUUGAACAAUCCUAAAACCUCUCUCCUUCCGCCGAUACUCGCAUCGCGUAUUUUAGCUUCCCGUUCUCUCUCUCUGUACUUUUUGGUUCAAGGAUGGGAAAGGCAAAGAAACCUCAGAAGUUUGCUGUCAUGAAGAAGACGAUAAGCCACAAAGCUUUGAAGCAUUACAAGGAGGAGAUUCUGAAUCCAAACAAGAAGGACCUCACUGAGCUUCCCAGAAACGUUCCGAAUGUUCCAUCAGGGAUGUUCUUUUCUCACAACACUAAUAUGGUUCCUCCUUACCGAGUUCUGGUGGAUACUAACUUCAUCAACUUCUCUAUCCAGAACAAGAUUGAUAUAGAGCAGGGGAUGAUGUUCUGCUUGAACGCAAAAUGCACUCCUUGUAUCACGGACUGCGUCAUGGCUGAGCUUGAGAAGUUAGGCCAGAAGUAUCGUGUCGCUCUUAGGAUUGCGAAAGAUCCUCGCUUCGAAAGACUACCUUGUGUACACAAAGGCACAUAUGCUGAUGACUGUCUCGUUGACAGAGUUACUCAGCAUAAGUGCUUCAUGGUGGCUACUUGUGAUAGAGACUUGAAGCGUAGGAUUCGAAAGGUUCCUGGAGUGCCUCUCAUGUACUUGGCGGGUCGCAAAUACUCAGUAGAGAGGCUGCCUGAGGCAACACUUGGUAGAGCUCCAAGAUACUGAUAUCUGAUCCAAGAAGCUCUGAAGACUUGAGUUAGUGUCGGUUUAAGCUUUGAGUCAGAUGUUUGUGAUAUCUCUAGGGGUCUUGUUCUCUGCUGUCUGUUUGAUACAAAGGUUAACUUUAAUGGAAAUCUUUCUGGAGUCUUUACACUUCAAAGCCUUGUUUAAAACAUAAUAUUAUUGUUGAGCUACACAGUUUUGUUAAUCA